AUGUUGUUGCCUCUGAAGAAGCAGCGUUUGACAACAGGCGGAAGAGGUCCAGUCAUGGCUGCGUCCAUCGAGAGUUUAUUAAGUGAAAUCUCUUCUGUUGAGGAUCCUACUGAAGAAUUACAGAGUUUAAAAACAGCUCUUUACUCCGUGCCCGUUGGUACUUUGAGAGAUUCCGUGAGCGGGCAGCGCUUGGGUGUCAUCUUUUCUCUCUUAAAUUCAAACUCUAGGGAACAGGUUGAACUAUGUGUGGACAUCCUAGAGCGGAUAUUGGUGGCUUUAAGUCCAGUUGUCUUGGUCCAGAACUACAGAGCCGAGCUUCAAGGAGGCAUUAAACACAACAAUGAUGCUGUUAAAAUACUGGCCUUGACACAGAUUGGGAGAAUAGUGGAACAUCCAGAUGCAGUCACUGAAAUCCUCGACAACACUGAGCUCCUCUGCACUGUCAUCCACUCAAUCGGAGAGGAGAAAAUUUCUGUGGCUAAACAGGCCAUUCAAUCGCUGUCCAAACUGAGUCAUUCAAAAGCUGGUUUGGAUAAACUAUUUCAGAGUGAGAUGCUGAAAACUCUAAAAGAAGUGAUGGCUGUCAGUGAUGUUGUCAGAUACAGAAUAUAUGAGCUUGUUGUGGAAAUCUCAUCUAUCUCUCCCAUUUCCUUCGGAUAUUGUGCCAACAGUGGCCUCAUCUCACAGCUGCUUGAUGAACUGACAGGAGAUGAUGUAUUAAUUAGAGUAACUGCAGUUGAAAUGGUGACACACUUAGCACAAAGCCUACAUGGUCGGCAAUUUUUGACAAAUCAAGGUAUAAUGAACCAGAUCUCCAACAUGAUCAGAGGAGCAGAAACGGAUCCCUUUUCUUCUCUCUAUCUUCCUGGUUUGGUGAAAUUCUUUGGCAAUGUGGCCAUUAUGGACAGUCCUCAGCAGAUUUGUGAAACCUACCCAGAGUUUCAGAACAAGGUGUUUGAGAUGGCCCUGGAUUCAGAUCCAGCUGUGAUUGGUGUGGCUUUGGAUACGUUGGGUUUGCUUGGCUCUACUGUUGAAGGCAAACAGGUCUUUCAAAAAACAGGAGAAAAAUUCAAAGCUGUACUAGUAAGAAUGAGUCACCUUGCCAGUACCGAAGCUACAGAGCUCAGAGUUCGAAGUUUGGAGGCCAUAUCCCAGCUGCUCACACUACAGCCAGAACAGCAGACAGAAGACCUUUUGGCCUUGACAGAGUCCUGGUUCCAGCUUUUGUCAAAACAGCCAGUGGACAUGAUCCAUAAAAUCAGCACUCAGCCUUUUCCAGAGCUACACUGCUGUGCUCUCCGCAUUUUUACUGCCAUUGCUUCUCAACCAUGGGGUCAGAGGUUAAUGAUGAGCACUCCUGGUUUUAUGGAGUUUGUUUUGGAUCGCUCAACAAGUCAAACUAAGGAUGCGAAAGAUGCAAAGUUUGAACUAGUAGGGGCACUUGUAAGUUCAUCAUCAGCAACAGAAAUCCUGGGCAGUCAGAACUGUCUGCGUCUGAAAACGUACUUGCGAGAAGGACCGUACUAUGUCACAGCAGUGGCAGUAGUUGGCACAGAAGGUGCUAACUGAGGAAUGCAUUUAUCACAGGUUUAACUGUAUACAUGCUCUAGUGCCACAGUCUUCUGUUCUAUAUUGUUCUAUUUGCCUUUUUCAGUGGAAUCUCUAAUAAACAGACAAGAACU